CCACGAGAAGAAUGAAAGCCCAGGACUUCCCUUGGGUCUUCAGCUUCCUUCAGCUCUGGGGCAAGAGUGAGAUCUGCCAGAAGGUAGAAGUUUAGGAAUUUCCCGUGGGUUCAUAUUUCAAACAAAGCCUGUCCUAAUCCUCAGAGCUCAGAGGGACAGGACACUUUGCUGAGAACUGAACUGGUGACCACCUGGCUUCUAAAAUGCCCUUCCAGGGAACAGAAGGCUUUGGCCUCCACAGCCUGGUGCCGUCACCAAGCACUGCAGCCCGUUGCACAGAGCCAAGCAUGCCCCUUACACCAGGUGAGAACGGACAACCAUAAUGGAACCCAAACCUCAGAAGACUCCAGGCAGACAAUUUACAUUUUAUUAUGAAAAUGAAGUCUACAAACAAGAUUACUUUAUUAAAUCACCACCUCCUCAGCUUUUCUUCUCUGCAGCCUCUUGGAAAAAACGUUUCUUCAUUCUGUCAAAGAGUGGGGAAAAGGGCUUUCGUCUUUCCUAUUACAAGGACCAUCAUCAUCGGGGGUCUAUUGAAAUCGAUCGAAAUUCCAGCGUAGAAGUUGGCAUAAGUAGCCAUGAAAAAAUGCAGUCUGUACAGAAGAUGUUCAGAUGCCACCCUGAUGAGGUGAUGUCCAUCAAAACCACAAACAGGGAAUACUUCCUCAUUGGCUAUGACAGGGAGAAGAUAAAAGACUGGGUCUCCUUCUUGUCAUCACUCUGCCGGGAUGUAAAAGCAGCACACCACAAUGCAGAGCAGGAGAAAUUUGCAUUGGAUGAUAAAAGGCACUUUUCAGACCCCAGCCCUCUCCUUGGUUCUGCCUGCGCACCAGAGGCUGUCAGUGCCACCAUGCCAAGAAAGAGUCUUCCAGACAUGCAUUUAAUGGAAACAAGUUCUCCAGGACUCAGACAAACUCAUCUACCACAUGAUUUCUUGUCAGAGACCACUCAAGAUACAAAAGAAGAGAGUUAUUAUCUUAAUCCUCGAAGUAUUCUUUUAGAGUUGGAUAAAAUAAUUGCUGCCAGUGAUUCUGGUGAAUCCCUUGAACCUGGUGAAACCCUUGAACCUGGUAGUGAAACCCUUGAACCUGGCCGUCCAGACCAGGCCUCCAACCACACUGAGCGCCAGUACAUGUCAAUGAAAUCCUGUCUUUUCAACGAGAUGUCCCAGGAGUCUGCUGAUAGCAAAGAGGAAUCCCAGACGGUUGCAGAGAUCCAGAAUGGGGAGCUUGACCUGCAAGGACAAGCCUCAGGAACAAGCUCUUGUCUUUCACCUGCCAGUAUGGAAGCACAGACCACGAAUGACAAAAAGGGGUCGGCCUCUCUAACUGUUGUGCAAUUGUCUAUACUAAUCAAUAACAUCCCCGACGAAAGCCAAGUGGAGAUGCUGAACGUGUUCCUUUCUCCUGCUGACGUCAUAAACCAUCUUGCUCUCAGAGAAGCUGCAGGACGGAUAUGUGUGGCUCAGUGGGAAGGCCCCCCGCGCCUGGGAUGCUUAUUUUUUCAUGGAGAUCACCUUUUGGCCGUGAAUGACCUGAGGCCCCAGAACCUGGAGGAGGUCUCUCUGUUUCUCAGCCGGUCCAUCCAGAGGGAGAAAGUAAAACUCACCAUUGGUCGGAUCCCAAAUUCAGAGAAAUUCCACGCUGAAGCCUGUACGUGCUCCUUGAAAGAUCAAGGUGUUGUAUCUUUUCAGCUGCAUACAUCUGCACUGGAGAAGAUACUGAAGAGGAGCCCAGCCAUUAAAAAGGGUCAGCAGAAAGGGGCUGCCGAGUAACAUGCUGGGGUCCAUUGCCACCGAUCCAGGAGAGACCCGGACUCUGCUGAGCUCUGCCACUCCCUGCUGUGUGAUAGGAGGCAAGUCAGUGCAUCUCUCUGAACUUCUCCAUCUGCAUCUUAACAAUGGGAAAAACCAUCCCUUCUCCGGCUAUUGCAACAGGGCUGUUGAGAGGACCAAGUGGGGUAGUGAUGAUGGAACACAGUGAAAAUAUAAGGCUUCUUAGCUCAGAUUUUGUC